AUGGAAGGCUUGGCAUUAUCCUCCAAUAUCAUAGCGGUACUCUCGCUUGCUGGUAAACUCCUUGCAGCGGGAUACCAAUACGGCUCCAGUUCCGCUCAGUUCCCGCCAGAACUCCGACACCUGGUACAGGAAGUCACGGCGCUCAGUGGGACCCUGCACGCUGUGAAGAUGCUAAUCGAUGAUCCAAUUGUGAAUACCAGAACCGCGAAUGGGAGUUCCGGAGAUCCCAUAAAGACUAUGGGUGAACCUGUCGAGCAGUGUCGAAAGUUGAUGGAGGAGAUGUCGAGGGAUUUGCAGAGGUAUAAUGUGACGAGCAGGAAGCGAGGCGAUUGGAGCCUCUGCCGGCCAUUGAAGGAGAAGGUGACGAAGGAGUGGUGUGAGCGAUUGGAGAGACAUAAGUCGUUGUUUGAGGUUGCCCUGUCCGUGGAUGAGGUGUAAGUGCUUUAUUGUAUUUCUUCUGAGCGAGUAGGUCGUAGGGGUGUAUCUAAUUUGACAUUAGGUCGUUAGCGAGGGAGAUUCGAAACGAUCUAGAGGAUAUUAAGGCAACUCAACUCUUGAACACGCAAGACGAGAAUCGUGCUGUCCAUAGUAAGUUUUUUUCUAUUCCUGCUGAAUCGUGAGGCUUCUGGGCAUUUGGGAUACUGGAUUGGCGGUGCUGCCCGGCGCCGCAACAAGGGAGGAGAGAGAUAUCAGACGAGAUUCCUCUGGAUUCGUCGUGUUCAUCUCAAGAAUGUGUCUUUUAUUUAUUAUUCUUUAUACUUUUAGAUGCCAUUGCUCUCUGCUGAUACCUUUAGGCGCUAUGCAAAAUAGAAUCCGAGAUUGGCUUUCGGUAGCGGACCCACAGAUUAACCAUUUGGCGGCAAGAAAGCUAUGCCAGCGCGGCACUGGGCGUUGGUUCACUGAAAGGAAGGAAUUCCAAGACUGGAUUAAGGCAGACAAAUCUUUCCUCUGGCUGUACGGGAUACGUUAG